AAGUUUAACGUCAGUGGCAAGCAAACGUCACAAUCUCCAAAGUACGAACACAUUUUUCGAAUUCGGCGUGUGAAAAAUAUAGGAAAGCAAAAUUGUAUUCGUUUCGUAGAAUGUGCGAAGCCUGCACCAUAUAAAUAGGAGCAACAGUCGCGAUUUUUCAGUCUCAAAUAAGCAUUACCAGCUGCCUCAUCUAAAGGCGUGGCGAUUCUAAAAUCAAAGGAACAAUGGUGAAGACACCGGCUAUAGGAAUUGAUCUGGGGACAACCUACUCCUGCGUGGGAGUUUGGCAGAACAGCAAGGUGGAGAUCAUAGCCAACGACCAGGGAAACCGCACCACGCCCUCCUAUGUGGCCUUCAAUGACACGGAGCGCCUUAUUGGCGAUGCGGCCAAGAACCAGGUCGCCAUGAACGCCAAGAACACGGUGUUCGAUGCCAAGCGUCUGAUUGGCCGCAAGUUCGACGACAAGAAGAUCCAGGAGGACCUGAAGCUCUGGCCCUUCAAGGUCAUCAACGAGGGCGGCAAGCCCAAGAUCGAGGUGGAGUUCAAGGGUGAACGCAAACGAUUCGCACCCGAGGAGGUCAGUUCGAUGGUGCUGACCAAGAUGCGCGAAAUCGCCGAGGUUUACCUGGGUGGCAAGGUGAAGGAUGCCGUGAUCACGGUUCCGGCCUAUUUCAACGACAGCCAGCGUCAGGCGACCAAGGAUGCGGGAUCUAUUGCGGGGCUGAAUGUGCUGAGGAUCAUCAACGAGCCCACUGCCGCUGCUCUGGCCUAUGGCUUGGAUAAGAACCUCAAGGGGGAGCGCAAUGUUCUGAUUUUCGAUCUGGGUGGCGGCACCUUCGAUGUCUCCAUUCUGACCAUCGAUGAGGGCUCCCUCUUCGAGGUGAAAUCCACGGCUGGAGACACCCAUCUGGGUGGCGAGGACUUUGACAAUCGCCUGGUCAACCACUUUGCAGAGGAGUUCAAGCGGAAGCACAAGUCGGAUAUCAAGGGAAAUGCCAGGGCUCUGCGACGUCUGAGGACUGCUUGUGAGAGGGCCAAGAGGACUUUGUCCUCCAGCACGGAGGCAUCCUUGGAGAUUGAUGCCCUGCACGAGGGCAUCGACUUCUACUCGAAGAUUUCCAGGGCCCGUUUCGAGGAGCUCAACAUGGACCUUUUCCGCUCCACCAUGCAGCCCGUGGAGAGGGCCCUCAGCGAUGCCAAGAUGGACAAGAAGGCCAUCCACGAUGUGGUACUGGUCGGUGGUUCCACACGCAUUCCGAAGAUUCAGAAACUACUACAGGAUUUGUUCGGUGGCAAGCAGCUGAAUCUGUCCAUUAAUCCCGAUGAGGCGGUGGCCUAUGGAGCCGCCGUGCAGGCUGCCAUUCUCACCGGCGUGGGCAGCUCCCAGAUCCAGGAUCUCCUCCUGGUGGACGUGGCACCCCUCUCGCUGGGCAUCGAAACCGCUGGCGGUGUGAUGACCAAGUUGGUGGAACGGAAUGCCAGGAUUCCCUGCAAGCAGCAGCAGACCUUCACCACCUACAGUGACAACCAGAAUGCGGUGACCAUCCAGGUUUACGAGGGAGAGCGUGCCAUGACCAAGGAUAACAACCUAUUGGGGACCUUUAAUCUCACUGGCAUUCCGCCUGCUCCCCGAGGAGUGCCCCAGAUCGAGGUGGCCUUCGAUUUAAAUGCUGAUGGCAUCCUGCAUGUUAACGCCAAGGAUAACAGUACUGGGAAGACCGAAAAGAUCACCAUUACCAAUGACAAGGGAAGGCUUUCCAAGGCGGAGAUCGAUCGCAUGCUCUCGGAGGCGGAGAAGUACAAGGUGGAGGACGAUCGCCAGAGGGAACGGGUUCAUUCCCGAAACAACCUGGAGGGUUAUAUCUACAGCUGUCGCCAGGCCAUCGAUGAGGCGCCAUCCGGUGUCCUCUCCGAGUCGGAUCGCUCCAAGGUGCGCGAGAAGUGCAACUCCGAGGCUGCCUGGCUGGACAAGAACUCGCUGGCCGAGAAGGAGGAGUUCGAGCAUCAUCUCCAGGACUGCCAGCGCAUCUGCAGUCCCAUUAUGACGAAGCUCCAUGCCGGACCCAAGGGCAAACAGUCGCCGUCGGCUGGAAACGGGGCUCAUCCCACCGUGGAGGAGGUGGACUAACCAAUCUGUUAUUGAAUACCUAUUUUCUUAAAAACAAACCUAAGUGCCUUGUUGUGUUUUGGGUCACUUUCAUUAUAUUAUUUUCGCUUUUAUUUA